GCUCCCCCCCACCCACUCGGCGGGUACGGAGCGAGGCAGGUACUGGCGCGAGGAGCCGCCGGUAACGCGGGAUCGGUGCCUAAAGGUCGGACCAUGCCUCCUGGAAAGGCCGGCAAUAAGGAAAAGUUGGUGCUUCAGUGUGAAUGGGAGAUGUGCGCCUAUGUGGCCUCUAAGAUGGAGGAGUUUUGCGAUCAUGUGUCGGAGCAUUUGCAGCUUCAUCUUCGUGGGGAACAUAGGGAUGAGAUGAACCCUCUUGAAGAAUACACUUGUCUGUGGCAGGAAUGUGGCUUCUGCUCUCCAGAGAGCUCAGCAGACCUGGUCCGCCAUGUUUACUUCCACUGUUACCACACUAAGCUGAAGCAGUGGGGGCUGCAGGCCUUGCAGAGCCAGUCAGACGUGAGCCACUGUCAGCUGGACUUCCAGAGCCGCAACAUCAUUCCUGAGAUCCAGGAAAACUUCCUGUGUCUGUGGGAGUAUUGUGAGAGAUCUUUUGAUAACCCUGAAUGGUUCUACCGGCAUGUGGAGGAUCACAGCUUCUGUUCAGAAUACAAGGCAGCUGGGAAGGAGAACCAUGUGGUCUUUUGUGGCUGGAAAGAGUGUGACUGCACCUUCAAAGGGCGCUGUAAGCUGCGGGAACACCUGCGCAGCCACACACAGGAGAAGGUAGUGGCCUGUCCUACCUGUGGCGGGAUGUUCUCCAACAACACCAAGUUCUUUGACCACAUCCGCCGGCAGACCGCCCUGGAUCAGCAGAGGUUUCAGUGCUCCCACUGCUCCAAGAGGUUUGCUACUGAGAGGCUGCUGCGUGAUCACAUGAGGAACCAUGUAAACCACUACAAGUGCCCCUUGUGCGACAUGACCUGCCCACUGCCCUCCUCCCUGCGCAACCACAUCCGCUUCCGGCACAGCGAGGAGCGACCCUUCAAGUGUGACUACUGUGACUACAGUUGUAAAAAUCUCAUUGAUUUGAGGAAGCACCUGGACACUCACAGCAAAGAGCCAGCCUAUCGCUGCGAGUUCGAAGCCUGCAGCUUCACUGCGCGUUCCCUCUGCUCCAUCAAACUGCACUACAGGAAAGUCCACGAGGGUGACUCGGAGCCCCGGUACAAGUGCCACAUCUGUGACAAGUGCUUCACGCGUGGGAACAACCUCACUGUGCACCUAAGGAAGAAACAUCAGUUCAAGUGGCCCUCGGGCCAUCCUCGCUUCAGGUACAAGGAACACGAGGACGGCUACAUGCGGCUGCAGCUAGUGCGCUAUGAAAGUGUGGAGCUGACUGAGCAGCUGCUGAAGGACCGGGAGAAACAGGGCGAGUUGCUGGAUGGCACGGCGGAGUGCGUGGUGCUGACAGAGGGUGAGGGCAACUUGCAGGGGAUCAUCCUGGAACCGCCGGCAGAGGCCUCCCUGGAGGAAGCCAUUGACAUGGAAUCGCAAGUAGCCCCACUGCCACCAUCGGUUUAUGCUGCUGCCAACCCUGACCCAGCUCAGCAAAGCACCUUCCCGAGAGCUGAGGCCUCACCAGACCCAGAGCCCAGUGCCCCGCUCGGCCCCAUCAUCCGUGUGGUGAACAGGACUAAUGAGCAUGGGGAGAACGAGACCGUGUACUAUGUCAUGGCCAAUGCACCUUCGGAGGAGCAGGCAGCGGUGCCCGGUGGCCUGGCCGUGGAGCCGGAGGAGAAUGUCAUGGACCGCCUACAGAAGACAGCUGAGGAGUUGGGGAUACAGAUUAUGUGAGAUGCUGGCACUGCCUCUCUGCACUUUGUCUUCAAGAAAUUCAGGUGUCUCUCCUGCUUGGGAGGGCAGGGAUGGAAUCACGAGCACUCUCCAUCACCCUGCUAGGGUCCCUCCACGUCCUUGAUUAUAGACCCAGAGCAGUUGGUGCUGCCCGCGGGAAGAUUCUGAGCACAUCUGGUCAGCGCCCGGUGGGAGAGAGGGGUCGAUCUCCCUUGCACCAGCCUGGGAGAGGAAGGUGUCAGCGGAUGCUGGGAGCAGCCUUACAUAUUCUCAUGGCAAGAAAGGGGAUUCAAGCUGGGGAUUCAGUGCCCUCCGUCCCAUGGGGAGAGGUUUGGGCUGUGUUCCCCCACUCCUUUGGAGCUGCAGGUGGAUUGGCUUGCCUCCUGAGAUGCUGUUUGGCCUUAAACAGGCUCAUUCUGUCCAGUAUCUCGUUGCCCUCGCGUGAACAAGAUGCCCUGACCCUGUCUCAAACACACUGGAGUGUCCAUAUUCUAGCUCGUUCAAACAGAUCCCUUAUCAGUGUUGACACUGCCCCAUCCCCUGGUUGAUCUGAGCAGGGGAGCAGCCUAAGGGUCCAUUUGUCCCUUUGCAGGUUGCUCCUCCCUCAUGGAAUGGUGGGGAGCUGGUGUAAGCUGGGGGGCCCUUCUCAGCAUUCGGGGACCUUUGUGCGGCCUUUGUCCUCCCCUCGAGUUCUUGCCCAGGGAAUUCCCCACAAUGGGGCCUGGGCUCCUGGCUGUGCAAAGUAAGUGCUUUUAUAAUAAUAAAUAAAUAAAAGUCCUGUGUGCCAGGUCAGGGUAC